AUGACGGGCGCCGCCUUGCCGGCUUUCCUUUCCCCCACGGCAACCGCCUCGAAUGGCCUUUCCAAAUCUAUCGCCGCCACUCUUGCAGCCCUCGCCAUCGCAACGCCCGCUUCCGCACCAUCCUCAACCCCUACCUCCCUAACUGCCCUUCCCCCCUCCCACCAUUUCACCAUCAGGAAACCUACCUCCCGCUCCCGCCUUCCCACUGCCUUUAACCUCUCACUCCCGAAGCGUUUCCGUCGUCAACAAAAAACCCCAGAGCAGCUACAAGCCGAGCGCCAUCGCCGGCGCCUGCUAAAUGAAGCUUGGGGCGUGUUACGGGAACGCUUCGUCGACGAGGGUUCUAUUAAUUGGACCCGUCUCCAGUUCCGUCUCGAGUCCCGCAAGCUCGACACAGAUCAGGACCUUCAGACAAGUCUUCAAUGGCUCUUUUCCCACGCCCACGAUCCCUUCACACGCUAUUUAUCAGCAGACCAACUGGAUUCUGUGAAGAAUGAUAUUGACGGCGAAAUGUGUGGCGUUGGCAUCGUGUUUUACGCUGAGAAUCAAGGCUGGCGAAGGACAAGGCGCGUUGUUAUUAAGAAUGUGGUGCGCAAAUCCCCCGCUGCUGACGCUGGUUUGCUGAUCGGCGAUGAGAUCACUGCCAUAGAUAUGGUUGACGUGCGUCGCAUGACGUUUGACGAGGCUACACAACGAUUGCUGGGGAAGGAAGGCAAGAAGGUGCUGAUUUCCUUUUCCAGAGACGCUCCUAAUGGGAAUGAGAAUGGUGUUGAGCUUAACGUCUUGCUCACGCGGCGUCGCUUCUCGGUCCCGACGGUGACGAGCGAGAUACUAGAGGCGCCCGGCGUCGGGGCGAUUGGGUACUUGCAGGUGCGUGAGUUUACGGCCAACACGGCGUCACAGACACGUAAAGCGGUGCGCGAAAUGACUGAGAGGCAAGCAAAGGUAUUCGUGCUGGAUAUGCGCGGAAACCCUGGUGGGCUGGUAGACAAGGCUGUGGAGGUGGCCAAGGAGUUUUUGGAUCGCGACCGGAUCGUGGUGCGGUUCGUCGGAAGGCACGGUGCAAAGACGAUGGAGCGGUCCGGGUGGCGCUUUUUCUGGCGGCGGCAUGGGCACGUGACGAAGGAACCAAUGAUCGUAAUUGUGGACUCUGAAACGGCGUCGGCGUCAGAACUGGUGGCGGCGGCGCUGCGCGAUAACUGUCGGGCGGUGGUGGUGGGGAAUUCGACGUUUGGAAAGGGAUCCGUGCAGGCAAUCGUGCAGCUGUCGGACGGGGCGGGUGCGGCAGUGACGGUGGCCAGGUAUCGCACGCCGAGGGACAAGAGUAUUGAGAUGGGGCGCGGGUUGCGACCGGACUUGGUUAAACGGAACCUGAGCGAAGAUGGUGCCGGGGUGGUGCACGAGCUGUUUGGACGGGCGGGGGCGAAAAGGAUGCGAUGGGUCGUUGGUCGGUUGGACAAGUGCGUCGCGCCAGGGUGCGUGCAGGGCAAAAAGGGGCGGAUGGGGGAUGCGAGGGCAGGCGCGAAGGCGAGAGGCGAGGGAGGGGAGGCAGGGGCAGUCUCAAAGACUGGAGGUAAGCGUUAA